CUACCCCUGACCUAGGGAGAUAACUUUGAGGCAAAGAUUCUGGAACCUUACCUAAACAAAAAGGGCAAAAGCAUUCCUUACGGCUAAAAAGGUAUACUAAGAAGAAACUCAGGUUGGCUCCUUCCCCACUUACUGGGGAGGAAGGAGAGGAGACACACUAUCAAAUUUGCAAGAUUCUGUUCUAUGCUUGUCUCUUAAUAAAAUAUAGCUCUAGUAUUACGUACUGUGUUUUCUGUUCUGGUCUACCCCAAAUGCCUGAUAGGAUAUGCAGGUGGCUUUUCCUUUCAGGAAUAGACAUUAUUUGUCCCAAAUUAAUUUGUACUUGUUCCUUUUAGCAGACAACGAGCUCCAUUUUUUCUGUUUUUGUAUUGAUCGUCAUCUUGUUCCCACAAAAGUGAAACAAGCAUAUGAACAAGCAAGGCAAGUCUUUAUGUCAGUUUGAACGGAUUGGAUUCCAGCUUUAAAAAAAAAGUGUAUAUCCCAGUGCAUAUGAGGGACUUGGGUUGAGGAAGCUCACAAGGCACAGUUUGGUUCUCAAUACUGUUUGACAAUACUAUCUGUUGAUAUUAGGUGCUUGGGGACUGGGUAUCAUCAAUAUGUUGAUAACAUUUGACUUCUGCUCUAUAACAUCAGAAACAGAAGAAGCUGAGUUGUGAUUUAAAACUGGUAUCUGAGUGCAUUUAGGAAAUAGAUGAGGGGCAAUAAAUUGAGGUUGACUCUUGCAAGACCUUGUGGGGGAUUACCAAAUAUGGGAGUUAAGAACUCACCUGUGGGUUUGUCUUCAUUUAAGAAGCAGAUAGCUUGGAAGUCUUUCUAGGGUCAUGUCAUCAGCUCCAGCACAAUAGUUUAGGUCAUCUGGGGAGCUUGUAACUUUAAUUAUACAUCAGCUCCUGCUCCCUUUCCAGUAUAGGUUAGUUUGGCUUUAAUUAUUCACACUCUGGUGGAUUACUGUAAUAUUCUAUGUAUGGUACUAUCACUGAUUUUAUUCCAGAAGUAAUCACUAGUUUAUUCAGUGGGAUAAUUUACAGUGCUCUCCAAUUAGUUAUUGAGAUAGGUUAAAAGUUUUGCUUUUGACAUAAGCUAUUUGGAAGCACAUAUCUGACAGACGUAGUCAAGGAAGAUCUUCCUGCAUGUACUAAAAACAAACAUUCUCUUACAGUUAUUUUACAGGUGGCCCUUCCCUGCAAAUUUGUAAGGACCUACUGUUACACCUUUUUUAUACCUGUUGAUAACUUGGCUUUUCUUCCAAUAUUUCACUGACUGAAUGUUGUAUUAAUGUAUUAUUUUUGUUUUCCUUCUUUUUAUAAUUAAUGUUACUUUUAUAUUGUUUUAGUUUUGUGGCUGUAUUAUGGAAUCCAAAUUGUUUUAUUGUAAACUGCUUUUAAGAUUUACAGUAAGGAAAAACAAUAUAUACAUAUUUUUAAUAUUAUACACUUAAUUUAUUUCUAGUAUUUAUACCCUAAUUCUACAGGUAACAGUAAUACAUAUAUUUGCAAAUUGAAAUACUUAAUAAUAUAAUGCAAUUAAAGUUUAAUGUAUUUUAAAGUUAAACUUUAGUUUAUUUUAAUCUUGCCUAUCUAAAAAUGGUGUAUAUAGAUAGUUCUUGAAAUAGUGGAGCUUGGCCAUUAUGUUUUCAUGAGACAAUGGUCUUGUGAAGCAUCUUAUUCAAUAAUCCUCCCAUACCUGCUCUCCCCAAUGAAUCAUUAAACAAAUGUGUGGGUCACUAAGUAAAGCAUGGGGUGCCUUAGAGCAGAGUUCCCCAACCUUUCUGGCUUGGCAGCCCGGAAGGAAAGGGAGCAGCAGGGAAAUCUGCACGUAUUCAGCCAUGUGCAUGCAUGCGCAAACAGGCUCACACAUGAUGGUGCUAGCAUACGCAAGUGGGCCACACAUCCAUGGUGUGCGCUAGCGCAUGUGUGCAUAUGCAAAUGGGACUGCUAGUGGCCACUCGGUAGUGCUAUCACAAGUGGAGUGGGGCUUACCAGCUAUUCCCGGGACCUAGUGGCCAACAGGCCCCGGCCCGGUACUGAGCCAUGGUUGGGGACCUCUGCCUUAGAAGUAAGGGAGGCCCUGGGUGGCCUAACACAGGCACCUGCCUGCCUUGUCCAGCUCUCUGAAGGCCACCCCACCCCAUGAGACACCCCUUGCACCGCUUCCCGCACCUUGGAUCCCCAAAGGCCUUUUCCCAGUCCCACCAGGUUGCUCUUAAGAAAGUGCCUCAGUAAAAAUUUCAAAGGACCCUCCUCUUCCCUCUCCUCCCCAUAAAACUUCACAAAAUGAACCAGUUGGCCAGCAUUUCCAGUACCAUCUGGUGCCCCAGCAGCAAAGAAGGAGUGAUGGCAUAUAUGAAGUUUGUGACUUCUAUGGAUAAAAAAAAGGGGGAGUCCCAAAUGUGCAGUGGGAAAGUUGAAGGGCACAAAAAGAAUGGGAGGAAAAGCAAAAAAGGUAGAUAGGGAAGAACAGUUCUAAAUUUAUUUCCAACCAAACAACCCCACUGAGUCAUCAUUUCAGAGACAUUUGCUUAUCUAAACAGAAACAGAAUGACCAAGGGUGGGCAAAGAAGCAAUGGGAGCAGGAGCGACUUCUGACUUCCUGCUGGCUUCCCAUUGAGUUUCCUUGAGGGAAUCUGGCAGGAACCAUCAGAGAUCUUCCCUUCCCUAUCCUACCCUACCCAACAAGCAGGGAACUGGUUGUAAAGAGGAAACACAGAGUACACAAGAUAAAACAAAAAAAGAAACGAAGGAAGAACAGAAAAAUGCAAAAUGCUGUUAUUACAUCAGUGGACACAAAAUCAGAUGGACAUUUAAUUCCAAGUGAUGGGGAUUUAUCAGGAAGUGAGCAAGAAAAUUCAGAAGACAAUGGACAAUCAGAAUUAGUGACUGGCCAUCUAACUGAAGCUAAAAUUGAUAGUGAGAAUGGCUCAACGAAAUAUAAUCAUUUACAGCUUUCUGAAUUGCAAAAAAAGGAAAUCCUUGAUUCUGUUGUAGUAAAUCCAGUGUCUUUAAAGAAGUCACUAAAAGCAGAUAUUACUGAAGAUGUAUCAAUAUCAAUUACUCUAAAUGAAAAUAUAGCUGGCCAAUUAUCCAACUGUCAUUUAUCAAAUCAGAUCAAAAACAUACCACUUGCAGAAUGUGACAGUAAUACUUUAGAUCAUAAUCAAAAUUCAUUUCAACAAUCAGAUCAAAAUGAUGCAAGAAAAAAUACUGUAUUGACUAAUAAAGAAAAUAAAAAUACAUCUGCUGAAUAUACAUGUGACUUGGUCCAAGGAAACCAAAUGUUAAGCAAUGAAGAGGAAACAACUCUUUCACAUCCACAUGAGACUUCAAAAAGUAAUGAAAUUAGUUCCUGGGCUUUCUUUUCCUUUGAUUUGGCUGAUGAACAAUUUCAGACUAAGACAGAGAAAGAUGAAUCCUGUUUGGCUUGGCCUGAGGAUGUAUCUAAAAUCAUGUUUGAGCAAAGACCAAAAAAGAUCAAAAGAUCUAAGAAGAUGCUUUCAAAAGCAACAACAGAAGCAACUGAUUAUAAUUUUAGUAAAGAAUUAGUGAAAGAAAGCAGUGAAAGACUUCUGCAUGAAAAUAACAAUACAACAAUUACCUCUUUGUCAUUAUUACUGAUGGAAAAUAAGAUAUGUGAUAAUUCUAGUGAAUUUGUCAGAGAAGGUGGAAGGAAUACCAGUUUCACAACUGAUGAAUGUAUAUUAACUUUACCAAAGAAAAAAGAAAAAUACAAAAGGAUCUUCAAAUUGGCCCCAAACUUUGAUUUACCAAGGCAUAUUCCUCCUAAAAAGAAUCAGAAAGUGCUAAACAAUAUAUAUGCAGUAAGAAAGAAAGAAGACAUUUCAAAUGAAGAAAUUAUAGAAAAGAAUAAGCAAUUCUGUGAACUUCGAGCAUCUAAUUACAAUGCAGUAGUUGAAUUUUCUGAUUUUGAUGUGGAACUUCCCUUACACAAUGGUUCCAAUCAACUUGCAGACGAAUCUGUGAAUAUUUCCACAAAAGAAUCUGAUAUUCCAAUUCAUAUAUGUACUUUUGCUUCAUGUAAAGUUCCUUCACCAAGAGAACAAGAUUUUUUUGAAUUUGAUGAAACAAUAGAAAUUAAAGAAAAGAAAAAGGUAUCUUCAGAUAUAUCAACUACCCAGCCAGAUAUUUUGCAUUCAGUUAAACUAAUUACUGAAUGCCUUACAAACACCAUGGCUGAAUCAUUUGAAAAUAUGGAGGUGAUUAAUGAAAGUGAACAAACAGUGAAUUAUCAGAUCAAAGAUGUUCAAGAUUCCCCAUAUACAAAAUACAAUUUGGAACUUCCUUUAUCACUAAGAUUUGUUCUUCAACUAGUAGGACUUUUUGGUUUUCCAGGAAUUCCAUUAGAUACUUUAUUACCAGAUGAUUAUAUAGUUCCUCUUGACUGGGCCAUAUCAAAGGAGAUUUAUCUACAGUGGAAGACAUCUGUGGAGAAGAAACAGGAAAAUAACCUAUUGAAAGAGAAUUCUUUGCGUGUUGCUGCAGCUACUUUCCAGAAUUCAAAUAAGUAUGGUCAAGAAAGAAAAUCUUCAGAAAUAAACUCAGAGAUGCAUUUGGAAGAACCAUCAAAACUCUGAAAAAAUGUUUCAAGCUACAUAAUCCAAGCAAUAAUGAAAUUUUAUUUUAAAAAAUCAACUUUUUUUUUGCAGAAAGGUAAUUUCUUCCUGUGUUUUGAUUCUGUUAGCUCAAAGCUUUCACCCAUUCUGAACUAUGAAAUUCAUAGACUGAACCCCCAUAGAGUGAAUAUGGUUGCUUCUGGUUUUGCUAUAGUCUGUUGUUGAGGUGAACUUUGCAUUGUAGAAGAAAUGAGGGGGGAUAAAGAAAAAAGAAAAGGAAUGGAACGGAAUGGUUUGUUUUAAAAUAUUAACAAGAAAAAAAGUGGGAUUACCAAGAGAAGAUUAAUAUUAUUACUGUGGUAAUAGCAGGCUCCUAUAUUUUUUAAAAGCCAUAAUUGCUGAAGAUGUGUACUAUUUAAUAUUGAUGAAAACCCAUAGCUGAGUGUGAAAAUCUUCCAGCCCCUUACCACUCUGUUAAAGAGGACCAUUGUAUUUCCUCAGUUUUUGAUUCUUCCAUCCCAUUUGUCCCCUGUAGGUUAUUUCUAACCAAAUUGUGCCACAACUCCCUUUUCAACAGCAUUGUGCAAUCUUUUCCAGAACAAGGGCACCUCUAACUUAUCAGUGGCAUAUCAGAGGCUGUAUGUGAAAAGUAGAUAGCAUGAAAAAGAGUAGGUGAAUCUGGCAUGGAAUCUAAAUUGGAUUAAUUUAAUUUACAUUUUAUUGUAAUUUAAAUUAAUUAUAUUCCGUUAAUAGGGUUAUUUCCUAUGUAUUUACUUUCCCUCUUCCAUCCCAUUUUUAAAAUGCAGUUUUUAGGAACUACGGUACCCCAAACACAUUUUUAAACUGUCCCAAACUAGAGAGGUUUAGGCAGUCAUGCCCCAAACUUUCAAGGACCAUAUGUAAUGUGGGGCCUGAAGUGAUGUACCUUUACAGCAAAACAAAAAUACAGUAAUUCUUAACUGUUUCCUGAACAAAAAGUACUGUUUCUUCUACCUCCUUCAAAUUUCUUUCUUCAGAUUCUUGGUUUAACUCCUCAUAUUUAUCCAAAAUUUUGCUGAGAUAAUUGGUUACCUUUCUGGUUCUUUGAUCCCAAUAUGCCCGCCUUAGACAAUUGCAAUAGUUGUUAGUGUCCUUCAAAAUCUCACGCAGAUGUUUUUCCUUACCUUCAAAUUCCUCCAUCACCAUCCUUUUCAUCACUUUAUUCAUACAGGUAGUUCUCACUUAAUGACUAGUUGCUUAAUGACCAUUCAAAUUUAUGACAGACACCACCCCCAUCAAAAGGUACUAACGACUCAGGUUCAAAUUCUAACAGUCGCCUCCCCAGUCACAUGAUUGCAUUUUUGGUACUUGGCAACUGGCCCACAUUUAUGACCUCCCAUGGUCAUGUGACCACAAUCUAUGAAGCUUUUUACCAAAAACUGGCAUUUACCUGCAGUUUCUGGCAAAAACCACAUUGUGAACAAUAGGUUCCCUUUAAAACAGUGGUUCUCAACCUGUGGGUCGCGACCCCAUUUGGGGUCGAACGACCAUUUCACAGGGGUCGCCAAACAACGCGAUCCGCCAUUUUUUUCCUCAGCUGGUGCAGGGGGCGCCGCCGCGCAUGUGCACCGUGCAGGGGGUGGUGCAGGGGGCGGCGCUGCACAUGCGCGCCGCACAGGGGGUGGUGCAGGGAGCGCCGCAGCGCAUGCACGCCGUGCGGGGGGGCACCGCGCAUGCGCACCGCCUCCUUAUGACCGGGGUCGCCGGUAUAAAAAGAUUGAGAACCACUGCUUUAAAACACCACAAAAAAUGUCAUAAAAUCGGGUUGGUCAUGUGAUGGCCUGUUUAAAAAUUGGAACAACUUACUACCGUAAUUAUGGACUCAGUUGAGUUGAGGACUAUCUGUAUCGGGUUGCAUCCCUAUCUACCAUCCUCCAUUGACAGGACCUCGUUCCCUCAGAUUCUGGUUUUGUUAUCCUGUAUGUUUGGAACUUCUUGGAAUACUGCCAUGAUACCUCUUUUAUUUUCUAUUUCAAAACCAAUCUUUUCAUUAAACCAAUAAUUGUCAUGUGAUAUUCUUAUCUAAACCUCAGCUUGUGACACUGAAACAACCACAUUUUUGUUUCUCCAUGACACCUGUUUUCUGUUGAAUUUUGAAUUGUAAGUUCUUGCAUAACUUUAAAAUGCCUUAUUAACACUCUCUAAAUAUUUUUAUUUGUGAUCAGAGCAUAAUAUUUGGCUAUUAGUUAAGCUAUUCUGUACAAAGCAGAUGCAAGAAAGGUAAUUAUCCAGAGGGAAAGGUUAUUUAACAAAACUACCAUUAUAAUAAUGUGGAGAAAUGCAUUAAUUGGUAAGUUAAAAAUAGCUAAAUUUUUGUUUGCAGCUGAAGCAUAAAAUUAUACAUAAGUCGUAAUAAAAUAAGAUGUCAAUUUUAUUUAAUUGUAAUUGUUAAUAUAUGAAUUAUAGUUUGGAUGGAUGAGAUAGUUGUAAUACUUAGGUCUUAGAUCUUUCACUAGUUUUUAUAUUAUUAUUAUUAUUAUUAUAUUACAGAAUGUGCUUGCUUUUUGGCUUUCCCUUGGGUGGUCUCAAAUUAACAACCAUUUAUAAUAAAAAUAAACCACAAGAAUCAGCAACAGUACAAAGCAUCAAACCUUUUGAAUCCAUAUCUGAGUCAUCUGCUCCUUUUGAAUUUCAUGUUCAAAUAAAAUUGUGAAGAGUGAUUGUCAUUGUUAAAUGGGCAAAGUUAAAUAAAGUGGCUUCAGCUGUU